UUGGCUUUUUUUUUUUAACUUCAGGUCUCAAAGUUGAGGUGACUCACUGUGGACAGAUGAAACGAAAAUACCGAGUUUGUAAUGUGACUAGACGGCCAGCUAGUCAUCAAACCUUUCCUUUGCAGCUAGAAAAUGGUCAAGCUAUGGAAUGUACUGUAGCUCAAUAUUUUAAGCAAAAGUAUAGCCUGCAGCUGAAAUAUCCCCAUCUUCCCUGUCUCCAAGUGGGGCAAGAACAAAAGCAUACAUACUUGCCACUUGAGGUCUGUAAUAUUGUGGCAGGACAGCGAUGUAUCAAGAAGCUAACGGACAAUCAGACUUCCACGAUGAUCAAGGCCACAGCAAGAUCGGCUCCUGACAGACAGGAGGAGAUCAGUAGGCUGGUGAAGAGCAACAGCAUGGUGGGUGGACCUGACCCAUACCUUAAAGAAUUUGGGAUUGUGGUCCACAAUGAAAUGACAGAACUCACAGGCAGGGUACUUCCAGCACCAAUGCUGCAAUAUGGAGGCCGGAAUAAAACAGUAGCCACUCCCAAUCAGGGUGUCUGGGACAUGCGAGGAAAACAGUUUUAUGCUGGCAUUGAAAUUAAAGUUUGGGCAGUGGCUUGUUUUGCACCUCAGAAACAAUGUAGGGAAGAUUUACUAAAGAGUUUCACUGAUCAACUACGUAAAAUCUCCAAGGACGCAGGAAUGCCCAUCCAGGGUCAGCCAUGCUUCUGCAAGUACGCACAAGGUGCAGACAGUGUGGAGCCCAUGUUUAAACAUCUGAAAAUGACAUAUGUGGGCCUACAGCUAAUAGUGGUUAUCUUGCCUGGAAAGACACCAGUGUAUGCGGAGGUGAAGCGUGUUGGAGAUACCCUUCUAGGUAUGGCCACACAGUGCGUCCAAGUAAAAAAUGUAGUGAAGACUUCACCCCAAACUCUCUCAAACCUUUGCCUGAAGAUAAAUGCAAAACUUGGAGGAAUUAACAACGUGCUUGUACCUCAUCAAAGGCCCUCAGUGUUCCAGCAGCCUGUCAUCUUCCUGGGAGCAGAUGUCACGCACCCACCAGCGGGGGAUGGUAAGAAGCCCUCCAUUGCAGCAGUGGUGGGCAGCAUGGAUGGCCACCCCAGCCGGUAUUGUGCCACAGUCCGGGUGCAGACAUCCAGGCAGGAGAUCUCCCAGGAGCUCCUUUACAGCCAGGAGGUCAUCCAGGACCUGACUAACAUGGUUCGAGAACUGCUGAUCCAGUUCUACAAGUCUACUCGCUUCAAACCCACUCGGAUCAUCUAUUACCGCGGAGGGGUGUCUGAGGGACAAAUGAAACAGGUAGCUUGGCCAGAACUAAUAGCAAUUCGAAAGGCAUGUAUAAGCUUGGAAGAAGAUUACCGGCCAGGAAUAACAUAUAUUGUUGUGCAGAAGAGACAUCACACUCGACUCUUCUGUGACAUUGAGUACGAUGUUGAAUAG